AUGAGCUCGCGGGGGAGCGCAGCACACCUGCGGAAAAAGGUCGGCAAGUACUAUCUGGGCCGCACCAUCGGCGAGGGCACCUAUGCCAAGGUCAAGUAUGGGCAGCACAGCGACACUGGGGAGGCUGUGGCCAUCAAGGUGCUGGACAAGGAGGCGCUGGUGCGCAGCGGCAUGGUGGAGCAGAUCAAGCGCGAGAUCAGCAUCCUGAAGCAGAUCCGCCACCCCCACAUCGUCAACCUGCUCGAAGUGAUGUCCAGCCGGGACAAGAUCUUCAUGGUGAUGGAGCUGGUGACAGGGGGGGAGCUGUUUGACAAGGUGGUGGCGGAGGGGCCCAUGAAGGAGCCCGCGGCGCGCCGCAUGUUCAGCCAGCUGCUGGAUGCUGUGGGGCACUGCCACAAGCAGGGCAUCUUUCACAGAGACCUCAAGCCCGAGAACGUGCUGCUGAGCUCCAAUGGCACCGUCAAGCUCUCCGACUUUGGGCUGGGCGUGCUGCCCAACCCGGGCGGCUCUGAAGACCUGCUGCGCACCACCUGCGGCACGCCCAACUACGUGGCGCCAGAGGUGCUGGCCAAGAAGGGCUACCGUGGCGGCCCCGCCGACGUCUGGUCCCUGGGUGUGGUGCUGUAUGUGAUGGUGGCUGGCUGCCUGCCAUUUGACGAGGACGACCUGGUGGCGCUGUUUGGGAAGAUCUCAAAGGCGGAGUACGAGGUUCCACCCUGGCUGUCCAAGGAUGCCGUGCACCUGCUGGGCUGCAUGCUCAACCCCGACCCAGACGCCAGGCUGACCAUAGAGCAGAUGUGGGCACACCCUUGGAUGCGCAGCGGCCUCGUCCGGCGCAGCGUGGCGGGGUGGCAGACGCUGCCGCCUGAGACGCAGGCAGACAUCUUUGCCCCCAACCGGCGGGUGAGCCAGCUUGUGGGCAGCCCCGGCUCGACACGCAAGAUGAACGCGUUUGAGCUGAUCAAGGCUGGCCUGGAUAUUUCGUCCCUGUUCGAGGCGCGGGAGGAUGUGAUGAUGCGGCACACGCGCUUCUCUAGCCGCGCCCCGCUGGCAACCAUCCUGGCGGGCAUAGAGAACGCAGCAGUGGCGGUGGGCGGGCGCGUGAUGCAGCAGGGCGAUGCCAGGCUGCGGCUGUACAUCCCCAACCCCAAGGGAAAGAUGCAGGUGCUGGUGGAGGUGACUGAGGUGCUGCCCGGCACUCACAUGGUGGACCUGCAGAAGGUGCAGGGCAACACUGCGGAGUUCCACAAGUGGUACUCAGACCUGUGUGAAGUGCUGUCAACCAUCAUCUCCAAGAAGCAGCCGGGCGCGGCGGGCGACGUGGGCGCUGCCGCGGCCGCGCGCCGCCGCCAGCACCGCGAGUCCAACGGGCAGCUGCGCACCAAUGCCUUCCAGCUCAUCUCCGGCUGCUUCAACAUGGGGGCUCUAUUUGAGGAGGAGUGCGUGUCGCAGCAUGUGCAGUUUAGCAGCCGGCGGCCGCCAGGCGAGAUCCUGGAGGCGCUAGAGGGGGCGGCGCAGGACCUGGGCGGCAGCAUGCAUCGCCUGGGCGACAGGCGGGCAGUGCUGACGAUGCCGGUGGGCGGCGGGCGCAGCAUGAAGCUGCAGGCGCACCUGUUUGAGGUGCUGGCAGGCAUCCACGUCUGCCAGAUUGCCAAGGAUGCGGGCAGCAGCAUGGACUUCAUGCGCUGCUACGGGCAGCUGGCAGCGCGGCUGCAGCCCAUCAUGAUGAAGCGCAACGCCUUCCCCACCGCCACGCGGGCCGCCGCGCUGCUUUCCACCACCUCGAGCAUGGGCGACUCGGAGCGGCAGGCGAUAGACGACCUGCCCCCUGCCAGCCCCUCGGACAUCAGCGAAGCCGGGAUGGGCAGCGGCGUCAGCCUGAUGUCGCAGCGGCCAGCAGAGGCGGGGCUGUGGGGACAGGGCUUCUCGGGCCGCAGCACAUCCCGGGCAUCGCUGAUCAGCGUGCCAGAGGAGCCGGAGCCCGCGGAGCACAGCCUGCAUGCGGAGCAGUUUGCGAGAAGCAGCGGCGACACACGCAGCAGCGGCAGCACUCCGGCAGGCGGCAGUCCCCUCGCGGGCGGCAGCCCCAAGGCCUGGCAGCCGCUGCCGCCGCUGGAAGAGUCCUCUCCUGGAAAGGCAGCGCAGCAAGCCACUCCCGGCAACGGCAGCAUGGAAGGGCGAGCAGCCAACGGCAGCAGCAGGCGGAGCAGCUAG